AUGACGACGCCGCCUCAGACAGCUGUUGAUGAGAACUCCUAUUUAUCUCCUACAACGCCAGAUCGGAAGCACACUUUCGAUGGAUCAACACUCAACUCUCAGUCAAGCGAUGCUGCAUUCCGCUUCCGAUCAAACUCGGGAAUCUCUGCGGCAUCCUCUGCCACAGUAUAUUCCAGAACCAGCCUCCAGUAUGAAGCUGUGGAUGAUGCCCUCCGGCCUGAUAAGGGCAAUGAGAAGGACUUCGUCGUCCAGAACAACCCUUUCGCCUUCACCCCCGGCCAGUUGAAUAAGCUCCUCAAUCCCAAAUCUCUUUCCGCUUUCAAGGCCCUCGGCGGUCUGCGAGGUCUGGAGAAAGGGCUGAGAACUAGCAUCACAGCGGGCAUAUCAGUAGAUGAGACCCGCCUGGACGGCCAAAUCUCUUUCGACGAAGCAACAACAGCCGGUAAAGAGAAAGUAUCAUACGGUGAUAUACCACCGCCAUCUGCACCGUUGAGGACUGAGACGCAAGGAGUCGGCACUUCCCAAUUUGAUGACCGGUUAAGAGUAUUUGGAGACAAUCGACUCCCAGAACGCAAACCAGAUGGUAUCCUAGUCCUAAUUUGGAGGGCUUACAACGACAAGAUCCUCAUCCUUCUUACGAUAGCUGCAGUCGUCUCGCUCGCGCUUGGUAUUUAUGAGACGGUCGCCGGAGAUUCCGGUGUUGAUUGGGUAGAGGGUGUUGCUAUCUGUGUCGCCAUCGUGAUUGUUGUCACUGUGGGUGCAGCGAACGACUGGCAGAAGGAACGCCAGUUUGUGAAACUCAAUAAAAGGAAAGAUGAUCGAGAGGUCAAGAUCAUCAGAUCGGGUAAAUCGAUCCAGAUAUCCGUCUAUGAUAUCACGGUCGGUGACGUGCUGCAUCUCGAGCCCGGAGAUGCUGUGCCAGCGGAUGGUAUCUUCAUUUCCGGUCAUGGCGUCAAGUGCGACGAAUCUUCUGCAACUGGUGAAUCAGACCAGAUGAAAAAGACCCCUGGCGAUGAGGUCUGGCAAAGGAUCCAAGAAGGUACAGCCACUGCGAAAUUGGACCCUUUCAUCAUCAGCGGCUCCAAAGUGUUGGAGGGUGUGGGUACAUACCUUGUCACGAGCGUCGGCACGAACAGCUCUUACGGUAAAAUCCUGAUGAGUCUACAAACCAAAAACGAUCCCACGCCAUUGCAAGUCAAACUGGGAAAGCUUGCAAAUUGGAUCGGUGGCCUGGGCUCAUCGGCUGCUGGUCUCUUGUUUCUGGUCCUCCUUAUCAAGUUCCUCACACACUUAUCUUCCGACAGCCGCCCGGGCGCGGAGAAAGCCCAAGAUUUUCUGGACAUCCUCAUUGUCGCAAUCACCGUCAUUGUUGUCGCUGUCCCUGAAGGUUUGCCUCUAGCUGUAACCUUGGCGCUCGCGUUCGCAACAACAAGAAUGUUGAAAGAGAACAAUCUUGUCCGAGUGCUCAGGGCAUGCGAGACCAUGGGAAAUGCCACGACUAUCUGCUCAGACAAAACAGGCACUCUCACCCAGAACAAAAUGACCGUGGUUGCUGGCACAGUUGGAGCGGAUACAAAAUUCACUUCGUCGCCUACCGAGAAGUCCAAAUCUGGAACAAUGUCUUUUGCAGAAACGUUCAGCAAGCUGAGCGCCCAAAUGAAGGAGUUGAUCCGAAUCUCGAUUGCACUCAACAGUACAGCUUUCGAAGGCGAGGAGAAAGGAGUUCCGACUUUUAUCGGCUCGAAAACCGAGGUGGCCAUGCUCACCUUGGCCAAAGAGCAGCUCGGUCUUGAGAACCUGGCUACUGAGCGCUCAAAUUUCAAGAUCAAGCAGCUUAUUCCGUUUGAUUCCGCGAGGAAGUGUAUGGGUAUCGUCAUCAAGUACCGUGGCAGCUAUCGGCUUCUCGUGAAAGGUGCCGCAGAGAUCAUGCUGUCCAAAGCUACGCAAACCAUCUCGAGUCUUUACGAAUCUGAAGGGUCUUGCCAAGUAGUCGAGCUGACUACAGCAGAGAAGGAGGGCAUUUCUGCUACAAUUGACGAAUACGCCCAACACUCUCUUCGCACGAUUGGCAUGUUGUAUAAGGACUUUCCGCAAUGGCCUCCCGCGGAUGCGAAAACACUCGAAGAAGACCCAAAGAUGGCAGAUUUUGACGAUGUCUUCCACGAUAUGACGUGGAUUGGCGUGGUCGGUAUCCACGACCCUUUGAGAGAAGGCGUUGUCGAAGCUGUUGCUCAGUGUCAGCACUCCGGUGUCGUGGUCCGUAUGGUUACUGGAGACAACGUAACAACAGCUCGUGCAAUCGCACUAGAUUGCGGCAUCCUUCAUUCAGAUGAUCCCAACGCUGUUAUGGAAGGUCCCAAAUUUCGCCAGCUUUCCGACAAGGAAAUGGACGCAGCCCUCCCAAAACUACGCGUCCUAGCUCGAUCAUCUCCAGAGGACAAGCGUAUUCUGGUCAGUCGUCUCAAGCAUCUCGGCGAAACGGUCGCCGUGACAGGCGACGGCACAAAUGAUGGGCCCGCGCUGAAGAUGGCCGACGUCGGCUUCAGCAUGGGUAUCGCCGGCACUGAAGUUGCAAAAGAAGCUUCGUCCAUCAUCCUUCUGGACGACAAUUUUUCGUCGACCAUCACCGCGCUCAUGUGGGGACGGGCUGUCAACGACGCGGUCAAGAAAUUCCUCCAGUUUCAGAUCACCGUCAACAUUACCGCCGUGGUCUUGACUUUUGUGUCUGCCGUGUCCAACGACUCGAACCACUCGGUGCUCACCGCGGUCCAACUUCUCUGGGUGAAUCUCAUCAUGGACACACUGGCUGCAUUGGCCCUUGCGACGGAUGCACCGACCAAGAAGAUCCUCGACCGGCCUCCACAGCCCAAAUCCGAGCCCUUGAUCACCAUCAACAUGUGGAAGAUGAUCAUCGGACAGGCGAUAUACCAACUCGUGGUCACCUUCAUCUUGUACUUUGCCGGCAUGUCGAUCUUCAACUACGAGAUGCACGAACGGGUCGAGCUCAACACCAUCGUCUUCAACUCGUUCGUCUGGAUGCAAAUCUUCAACGAGAUCAACAACCGUCGCCUCGACAACAAGUUCAACAUCUUCGAGGGGAUCCACCGCAACUUUUGGUUCAUCGGCAUCAACUGCAUCAUGGUCGGAGGUCAGAUCAUGAUCAUCUUCGUCGGCGGCCGUGCUUUCAGCAUCACCCGUCUGAACGGUGUUCAAUGGGCCAUCUCCUUGCUCACCGCACUGCCGUGCUUGCUCUGGGGCGUCCUGGUCCGAUGCUUCCCCGACGAGUGGUUCGCCGUCGUCUUCAACGGCGCCGUGCGCGCCAUGACCUUCGUCCUCGUUCCUUUCUGGAAAGGUCUGCGCUUCAUCUUUCACCCGAUUGCGGAAAUCUUUCGAGGAGUUUCACGCUUCUCGAGGCGAACCGCCAGGAGAGUGACAGGGAAGAAACCUUCGUCCGACGAAGAAGAAGAAGAUCAAUCGGCAAUGACUGGUGACGCCCCGUUCGAGGGAGGAUCCUCCGCUCGGGCCCAGGACGGUACGAGAAGAGUCGUGGACGAAGAGGCGGGUGUUUUUCCCGUACCGACAAUCACCACCACCACCCCUGAACCUGUCAGUGCCGACCCAGAGACCGACCCGACGAUCAGAGAAAACCCAGAGACGACGACGACAAUAAUGAUACACCCCCUCUCCCUACAUUCUCAGUGACCGGACCGAGCCGAGAUUGAGGUUUGGGUGGGAGAAAAGACCGAGGGCCUUUUUCCACUUUUGCGUGGUGUGGUACGUCCGACGUCAGCGCGACCCGUGCCACGACACGACGACGCUCUGUUGUUUUUUCACGCGGUUCAUGAUGUGGAUGUUUUGACUUUCUUGUCGAUGUUUUUGAACUCGAUUAUUCCCUCUCCCGUGUGGGAGGUGACCGGCGCAGUUCUUUUUUUUGGGAUGAAUCAUGGAAGAGGAUGUCGAACGGCGGCGGUCUAAAAAUGGCGACAACAACCUGUGGACGGAGCACGGAGUACGGAAUACGAAGGGGGCGUUUCUUUGCCGUCGAAUGGGAUAGAUAUCCUUGAGGCUGUCGGCGUCUGUGUGGUACAUUCUGUAUCCCCAUGUCAUGUAUGUACCGAGUAAGUGGUGGGAAAUAUCAAGAGGGUGCGUGUGGUGUGGACAAAAGUGUGCGAUGUAUUUCCAAGUCAAACAAUGUCAAAUGAUAACAGAAGCACAACUCCCCC